CCCACCCAAAACCCUGUCUUUUGUUCGAUUCUAUCUCUCUGUUUUACAUAUGGGCGCAAAUAUAUAAUGAAUCUAUGAAUAUUUUUCUUGUUUGAUUAUAUGUAGAGUUUAAGCAUGGCUAUAUUGUCCACUCAUCAGUUCUACCCAAGAACAACAAGGCUGCAGUUUCUCAGGUACACUUCUUCAGGCCCUUUCAAGACUCAAUCUUUAUGUGCAAAAAAUAGAACUGUCAAUCCAGAGAGUAGUGUAGGGAAAACCCAGCAGAGGGCUUCAAAUUUUGUUGUGAAAAACAAGGCUAAGAACAUAUGGGGAUUUGAACAGUCAAAUUCUUGUGGCAUGAGCUUGUCUGGUAGUUCUUGGUUAGACAAUUGGAAUGAAGCCUAUAAGAAAACUAAGUUGAAAAGGCCUCAAAUUGUUUUGAACUAUAGAAGGAGUGGGGAAUUUUCAGGUUCAGAUGGAGAAGGGGGUGGUAGUGGUAGCACAAUGGAGAAAAUUGUUGAAAAAUUGAAGAAAUUUGGGUAUAUUGAUGAUGUUGGUGACAGGGAUAAUAGCUCAGAGAGAGUGAUUGAGAAAGGAUCCAUUGAGGAUAUAUUUCAUGUGGAAGAAGGGAUGCUCCCAAAUGCGAGGGGCGGGUUUUCUGAGAAAUAUCCUAUGGGGGAUGAUAGUGUGGUUGCCACUGAUGGGGAGAUUAGGUUUCCAUGGGAAAAGCCAUGGAAAGAAGAGGAGGAGAGGUAUUCAGUGAGGAAGAAGAGUAAUACUUAUUUGGCUAAGCUAACUCUUCCCGAGCGGGAGCUAAGAAGGUUGACAAAUUUGGCUCUUCGGAUUAAGAACAAGAUGAGAAUUACGGGUGCUGGUGUUACCCAAGAGGCUGUGGAAAAUAUUCACAAGAAAUGGAAGUCGUCUGAGGUGGUGAAAUUGAAAAUCGAGGGGGCUCCCGCGCUGAAUAUGAAGCGAAUGCAUGAGAUUCUAGAGAGGAAAACUGGUGGGUUGGUGAUUUGGAGGUCCGGCACUUCUGUGGCACUUUAUCGAGGUGUUAGUUAUGAGGCUCCUGAACAACCAAAAAAACGAAUAUUCAACAGAAACGAGAUUCCUCAUAAGUUCUCUCCCCCAGUGGAUGAAAAAUUAAGCAAUGAACCUUCAGAAAUUGGCCUUAGAGAUGAUGUACACGCACCUCAAGCAAACCAAUUGAGUACAUUAGAAGAGACUGAUGAUAUUGAGGAAGAAGUGGAAGUGAAAUAUGAAGAUGAAGUGGACAAACUGUUAGAUGGCCUUGGGCCUAGGUAUUUGGAUUGGCCAGGAUCAGGUCCUUUACCAGUAGAUGCGGAUCUUCUCCCGGGUAUAAUCCCUGGUUAUCAACCUCCGUUUAGGCUACUUCCAUAUGGGGUUAGAUCUACACUAGGAACUAAGGAAGCUACGGCUUUACGAAGGCUAGCUAGAACUCUACCGCCACAUUUUGCUAUAGGCAGAAGCAGGCAGCAUCAAGGUUUGGCAUCAGCAAUGAUUAAGUUAUGGGAGAAAUGUUCAAUUGCAAAGAUUGCUUUGAAACGUGGGGUGCAACUAACUACAAGCGAGAGAAUGGCUGAAGAUAUUAAGAAAUUAACCAGGGGCAUACUGCUCUCUAGAAACAAGGAUUUUCUGGUAUUUUAUAGAGGAAAGGACUUUUUGUUACGUGAGGUUGCUGAAGCAUUGUUGGAAAAAGAGAGGUUAGCAAAGACCCUACAAGAUGACGAAGAGCAAGCACGGCUACGUGCUUCAGUGUUUGUUACGCCAAGUGUUCAUGUAACACAUUCUUCUGGAAUUGCGGGCACACUAGGAGAAACUUUAGAUGCAGAUGCCAGAUGGGGAAAAACGCUGGAUGAUAAGGACAAGGAGAAGGUGAUGAGGGAAGCGGAAAUACUAAGGCAUGCUGACCUUGUCAGAAAGCUCGAGAAAAAUCUUGCCUUUGCUGAAAGAAAAUUAAUGAAAGCCGAACGGGCUUUGUCAAAGGUGGAGGAGACUUUGAAGCCAUUAAAUCAGCCAGCAGAUCCCAAUAGCAUAACAGAUGAGGAGAGAUUUAUGUUUCGGAAACUGGGAUUAAGGAUGAAAGCUUUCUUACUUCUGGGUAGGCGCGGAGUUUUUGAUGGUACCGUGGAGAACAUGCACUUGCAUUGGAAAUACCGUGAAUUGGUGAAGGUGAUUGUGAAAGCUAAAACUUUUGAUCAGGUAAAAAGUAUUGCCUUAGCCCUCGAAGUCGAGAGUGGUGGUGUCUUGGUUUCGGUGGACAAAGUAUCCAAAGGGUACGCAGUAAUUGUAUUUCGUGGUAAGGAAUAUCAACGCCCAUCUACACUUCGACCAAAAAAUCUUUUAACAAAGAGGAAAGCUUUGGCACGUUCAAUUGAGCUCCAACGGCGUGAGGCUCUCUUGAAUCAUAUGGCAACUGUUCAGAAACGAGUAAAUCAGCUGAAGGCUGAAAUUGAACAAAUGGAUAGUGUAAAAGACCAUGGAGACACAGAACUAUAUGACAAACUAGAUUCAGCUUAUCUUACUGAAGACGAGGAGAGCGAGGAAGAAGGGGAAGAAGCAGAUCUCGAAGGUUAUGGUAGUGAUGGCCCUGUCAAUGGAAGUGAGAGUUUGGGCGGGAAUAUGCAUUUAGAAACCGACUUUCCAUAUGAUGCCCUAGAUGAAUCGGAACCAGAACUCGUAGAUAGUGAUGGUUUGGAUGGGAAUAUCCAUUUAGACACCGGUUUUCCAUAUGAUAUCCGAGAUGAAUCAGAACCAGAACCUGUAGACCGAUGAUGUAAUGUGCUGCUCGAAAGUGUCAGCACGACUGCAUCAAUACCAUUUGGAGAGGACUGAAUUUUAAGUGCGGGCACUUGGAUGAAGGGAGCUUGGAUUACACUAAAUGGGAACAAGGCGAGCAGAUGAAGAUGAAGGGAGCGUAAUCUCCAACGAAUGGUCAGUUCAAGGAUUUAUGCAUAAUCCGACUUUUUUCUCCGCUUUCUUGCCACCAUAGUUUCACAGAUUGGAGCAUCAGAAGUAGGGAUAGAGUGCAAAGAUUUGCAGGUGAGAGGAAGUAGCAACACCCCUUCCAAUUUUUCUUAGUGUUGUGCAGUGAAAGAAAGGUAUUGUAAUAUAUUGAACAUUUCAAUGAACACACAAGAUUCAUAAAGAAAGGAGUCAUCUCCAAUGUAAAUUUCUCUGA